AUGUUCUGCAUAUGCCUCGACAAGUCGUGCGGGCGUGCGGGGAGCGGGCGGGCGCAGCUAACGGGCGUCCUGCGCGCGCUGACGUCACCGCUCGAUAGCGGCCCGGCCCGCCCGGCGCCCGCACCCGCCGCUCAGUCCCCGCAAGUCCGCCGCGCGAACCGCACGCAAGGCAAGCUCUCCGCACGCCGAUACGAAUGUGAAACCAGUGUUUGCGUGUACCAUGGUGACAGUGUCUCUCGACGCGAGUACAACUAA